AUGGUGAAGUCGUUGGCUUUCGCUUUGUCGGUGACAGCAUUUGCCUGUGCCAUGUCGACAGACGUCGUGGACAUGGACAACAUCUUGGCAGGCGAUGCUGAGUGUGCCGCGGGCGGGGAAUGCGCCCUGAACGCUGUGCAGAAGAAGGCAGUGGUUGCCGAGCAUGCAGAAGACUCUGGGGAGAAAUCCGCUGCCGCUUUGGAGGAGGGCGAAGGGAAAAAGGCGGAGGCUGAAGCGCAACAGACGGUUUCGGACACCCAGAAGUGGGGCCCAUCGCCACCUCCUCCGACUGCAGCCUACAACCCUUACUGGAAUCAUCAGUACGGCAGCCCUUACGGCCAGAUGCCUCCUGGGUUCAACCCUUACGGUGGCAGCGCCUAUGGAGCCCCCGGCUUUGGAAGCUGCCAGAACAAGAUCCAAGGCUCUUCCUGCAUGGUCUUCAGCUGCGCCAAGUCGCGUGGGCCAACGACCUGCAACACCCAGGACUACUUCUGCUACUGCCACCCCGGCUACUGCUCAGAUGGCAAGGCUUGCGUUCCGGCCUCGCAUAUGUACCGCUAA